AUGAGAUAUGCCAACUAUUCAGCAGCGAAGUUUGACAUAAUUUACUAUGUCCCGCGAAACAAAAACUUUAUGGAUGUUUUAUCGCCUGCUGGAUUCUUGCUUUCUUUGAUCUGGAUCCUCAAAGGCAAAUCGGUGCCGGGCUUUCUGGUGGUUCUAGCAUUGAAGUGCUCUUCCUUUGUCCAUGUAAAUUCUGGAACAUCUGGCCGUAGCAAGUGCUGCAGUGUGGGGUUGGAUGUUCCCUCGGUGCUAUUGUCAAAUGCCCUUGGAGAAAGGACUACACUCCUGUGCUUGCUGAUCACAUGCUUGAAUGGUACUUGGGUGCUAGAACAGCCUGGUUCCAGCGUCUUCGAAUACUACCCAGAAUGGCGAGAUUUCAUGAAUGCACUGAUUGGCACUCAUGGUCUUAAGAGUGUCACAAGAGCCAAUUGGUGGAUGGCCCACUACGGAGGCCAAACUCCGAAGCGCCACUACUGCUGGUCGAAUAGUCCCAUGAUUUCCGCAUUAGACAAGGGUAAGCUCCAUUACAAAGCUUGGAAGAAUUCACAGGCAUCCCAUGUACAAACGGUACGCCAUUACCAAGAUCGUGAGGGAAAGAAACGCUAUGUGGGCACAUCAAAGCUCAAAGGGACUGAGUUCCUUGACACCACAGAGCUGUAA